GGAGUUCAUUAUAGUUUUGUUUCCUGCAGUUGCUGACAAUGGCGUCUGCUGACUUGAAAGAAGAGCUGAACUGCUCCAUCUGCCUGGAGGUCUACGUGGACCCGGUAACACUGAGAUGUGGUCACAACUUCUGCCGGGAAUGCAUCAAUCGUGUGCUGGAUAGUCAAAGGAGGUGCGGUGUUUUCACCUGUCCCGAAUGCAGAUCGGUGUUCAGGAAACGUCCUUGGCUCCAGAAGAAUGUGACCCUGUCUAACAUUGCAGAGCGCUUCCACUCUACUCUGCCCGACCAGAAGAAGACUGGGGUUUCCUGCAGAUACUGCAUUCACACUGCCGUGCCUGCCGUUCAAUGCUGCCUGCACUGCGAAGCUUCUCUGUGCGAUAGUCACCUGAAGGUCCACCCCAAGUCACCAGAACACGUCUUAAUCGAGCCCACCACUUCCCCAGGGAAGUUGAAAUGCUCCCUCCACAAACAGGUCCUGCAGUAUUACUGCACCGUGGACUCUACCUGCCUCUGCGUGUCAUGUUUGCAAGGUGCCAACCACAGAGGACACAAGACCAAGCCGCUAGGUGAAGCUUCCAAGUACAAAAAGGACAAUCUGAAAAAGAUCCUGACCCAACUCACCUCCAAUAGACAGGAGACCGAAAAAAGGCUCCAGAGUCUACGGGAGAGAAAAGGAAGAGCCAACGACUCGGUGAACUCUUUCGCAGCGCGCUUGGGCGGCAUGUUCCGACAAAUUCGGGAAAGGUUGGACUUUCUUGAAGUUCAGACCGCCGACUAUGUCGCCAAGGAAGCAGAAAGGAAUGCAAAGCCGAUCUCUGAUCUGAUCCAGCAGCUGGAAAUAAAGAAGGACGAGCUGUGUAGCAAAAUCUGUCACGUCGAGGAGCUUUGCAACGUGACGGACCCUCUAACGGUCCUGCAGGAGAAGGAAUCCACCAAAGGCGACUUCUGCGUUACCGAAAAGGGAGGUCGCCAAGAUGUCCCGAAAAUUGCGGAAAUGGAUGAAUUUUUGAUUGCUUUGAACUUGCAGAAGGAGUUAUCUGAAGUGUUGAAGAAUGUUCCAGAAAUGCUCAAGCUUCCCGGGACAUCACAGCUGCAACUUGACAGGAGGACGGCUGCGCCUAACGUGACCAUUUCCCCCGAUUUCUUGAUGGCCAAUGGGGCACAGGAGAAUUACUUCAAAUCACUUAGUGAUGACACAGACAACAGGUUUGACUCUCACCAGGUGUUAGGCAAAACGGGUCUCAAUGGGGGAAGACAUUACUGGGAAGUUGAGCUGUGGGACACCAAUACCUGGAGGAUAGGGAUGUCUUACUUCUCAAUAGACAGGGAUGGGGAUGAUUCCAUCUUUGGGAAUACCGAUGAGUCUUGGUGCCUGUGUAAAAGCCAGAAAGGUUAUUUCUUCAGGCAUGACGGCGGUUACGUUUCUGUAUCCUCCUCUUUUAAAAGGUUUAGGAGAUUGGGGAUAUAUCUACAUUUCGACAAGGGGCAACUGUCUUUUUACAGUUUAGAGCCGGAGGUUAGAUUCUUGCACACUUUCUACCAUAGAUUUCGCGAGCCGCUUCACGCUGCCAUCAGGGUGGGCUACGGAGCCUGGGUGAAAAUCGUUAAAUAA